ACAACAGGGACCAGAAUCAUUAGAUUCCACCAAGCAAAGAACCGUAACGAAUUUUGGCCUUUCAGGCAGCCACUGUCAAGUUAUCCAUGGGAACCAAAUUUUAAAACUAAGACGAGCAGCAUAAUGGCCGCUAAGAGCAAGCGGAUCAUAGCGACACGCACUACAUGGGUCUUCCGUGGCAUAGUCUGGCAUGACACUAUUCAUGUCGCCGGCAAGCCACAGUCUUUAGGUAAUCAGAUGGACGUUGAGGUAUGGAAGGUACAUUCCCGCAUUACUAACAUGAGAAUUUAAUAAGCGCCAAGUCCCCUUUAUGACAUCCAAAACACUCUUUCUCUGCUUAUUCUCUCAGUUGUGUGAUUUCCAGCCGCAGUCAUUCGUUUGGUGCAUUUUUGCUAUUCACUCUCGUUAAUCAUGUAUUCCAAGUCACUCGUUGUUCCAGCGCUCUUCGCUGCUUUCGGAAUCGCUCAAGAAGAUGUCCAGUACGAAACCCGCACAGCAACGAUAACUCAAUGCUUCACCCGCGAUGGCCUACGUCCUCCAGCUACCGUCACCGUCCCUGGCCCGACAUGCGUGGUUCACAAGCCAGCUGUCACAGGAGAAGCCAUCAUUGUCGAAGUCCAAGCUCCCGACUGUCACUGCGGCUGCCCAACUUGUGUCCAUACUCUUGAGUACACUACCAAGUACCCUGCUUUCUGCUCUACUGGUAUUUUUGAGCAGGAGUAUAUCAUCACGGAGACGUACAGUGGCAUGGAGGCAAAGCCUACCAAGAACGAGCACGAUCUUCCGUAUGGAUUCACGUGUGAUGUUCAGACGUGUACUACUUGUGGCCCUGAGCCUGUUACCGCCACUAUCACGUACCCUGUUUCGGACCGUCCUUACAUGAAUGAAGUUGCACCAACUGAAAUGCCCAUGGCAAAGCCCGGCAAGGAACAGCCCGAGGAGCAAGGAAACGCUGCACCCAAGGUCACUGGAGACAACAAUGGAUUCCAAUCAACCGUCAAGCCCAGCGUAGUCCCUGAUUCCCCCGAGAGUGCUCCUCCUGGAGAGUCCACAGAUCGCCCUGUUAUCGUAUCUGGCGCCAUGAGUCAACAUUUGGGACUGGCUGGUGCUGGUAUCGCGUUAUUUGCUCUUAUUCAAUUCUUAUUCCUCUAAUCCUUCUCUUGAAAGUUCAUUGAUGACAUUUACUCUUCCUACAUUUUCGAAGCCAUGAGCCAAGAUAUCUUCGGUCGAUAGAAUAAUUUCACUAUUUUGGGUCUGUAAACUCGAUUACAUUUCUCAUCGAUAUCGGAGUCCUGAAUGACGCAAAGUGUAUUUUGCAAGGCCUACUAAACAGAGUAAGGAUUAUCAAGGCCCAGAUUAUAGGCAUCGACGUAAUGUUAAUGCUACGGGCGGUAACCGCGGCUGGACCGGGCAUGAUGCUCCAUUUGAAGGUGGGACAUCUCCAUAAUAAAAAGAGUCUAUCACAAAGAAGAGUUACUCAUGUGCGAUCAAGAUGGCCAAGGAAAUAUGCAAGUGCUGGCGCAUACAAUGAUAUUGUUUGGUGAGAUUAAUCCUUGCAAUACAGAAACGUUAUGUCGUAUUGCCUUGACCUGUCACAGACUCAAACAGACCAAUGAGAUGGACUUUUCUCGGGGAGUUGAGCCUCAGCUCUUACCAAUCCCUGUCCGCGGCCCUGGAUCGAGGUCAAGGAGCAAAAGUUCCGGUGAGAUGCAUCUCGAUAGACAAUGAAUCAGGACCAUAAACAUCGAUGUGAUAUCAUUGUUCUACCGUCGAUUCUGAACGCCAGC